AAGCAGAAAUUAAAAGAAAAACUGGGAAGAAAAUCGUCAGUGCCGGUAGCAAAGAAAUUGCAAGUAAUCGUCCAACAGACGUCAAGCUAAAUAUGAUAGAUGGACAAGCUAAAUAUGUUGUUAAUCAAAAUAUAAAAGAAGGAACUCGAAACAACAGUAAAAGUAGCCCAACGAAAAUGGCAGCAUCAUUACAGCUGUUGAAGAAAAUAAAUAUGAAAGAAAGGAACUGUAUACUUUCAGAACAUAUUUACGAAAAAAUAUCUAAAACAGAAGAUAGUUUAGAUAAUUUUUCCAUAUCUAAAAAUAAUCAGUCCCAUACAAGUAAUAAAGAAACACAAAAUCAGUCAAUAAAUCCAAAUAACGUUGACAACAGCCAUACUCCUGAACAAGGGCAUUCAUAUAUUAUUUGUGGUGAAAGUUGCACUUGUUCUCCUUUUUUGGAAAGACAUAAUAAUACUGGUAAAAAGCCGUAUUCAUGUAAUAUAUGUAGUAAAAGUUUUACUAACCCUGUUAGUUUGAAACGACAUACUAGAUCACAUAGCCAUGAAAAGCCAUAUUCUUGUAAUGUUUGUGGUAAGGGUUUUACGGUAUCCUGCAAUUUGAAGAACCAUAAAAAUGCACACAAUGAAGAAAUACCUUAUUCAUGUAAUAUAUGUGGAAAGACUUUUCUUUACCCUAAUGGAUUGAAGGAACAUAAAACAAUACAUAGUAGUGAAAAGCAGUAUUCGUGUUCUGUGUGUGGUAAGAGUUUCAAUCGAUCUAAUUGUUUAAGAGCACACCAGACUGUGCAUACCAAUGAAAAACCGUAUUCAUGUAAUGUAUGCGGCAAUGUAUUCAAAACAUCGAAUGCAUUGAAAAUACAUAUGAAAAUACAUACCGGAGAAAAACUAUAUUCAUGUAACAUAUGUGGUAAAAGUUUCCAUCAAUCGGGUACACUGAAAAUACAUUAUAGAACACAUACCGGUGAAAAGCCAUUUUCAUGUAGUAUUUGUGGUAAGAGUUUCAAUCAAUCUGGUCAUUUACAGUUACACAUUAGUAUGCAUAUGGGGGAAAAAAAUUAUUCGUGUAACAUGUGUGGUAAAAAAUUCCAUCAAUCUGGCGCAUUGAAAACACAUAUUAGAACACAUAACGGUGAGAGGCCCCAUUCAUGUAACAUAUGCUGUAAAAAUUUCCUUACUUCUAGUAAUUUGCAAAGACAUUAUAGAACACAUACAAAUGAGAAGCCGUAUUGAUGUAAUGGUUGCACUUAAUGUAUAUAAUAUAAUAAUGUAAUACAACAUAUUGGUGGAAGGCCUAUAAA